AUAAUAGACAAGCCAGGAUGUCACCAAUGUGGAGGGAGUGGGAAUUUGGGUAGGGAAUAAGCAGCACUGGUACUCCUGAUGCCAUCACACAGACUCCCACAUGAACUUGUAAAGUGGAAACCAACUAGUGUGACGAAAUGAGGACACCCAUAAGAAAAGAGGAGGGAGGGCAGAAGAGUCAAUAGAGCAAAAUGGAAGCAGCAGUAAAUCAUAGAAUAUGAGGGUUGGAAGAGACGUUGGGAGGUCACCUAGUCCAACCCCCUGCUCAAAGCAGUGACCAAGCCCCAGUUUUUGCCCCAGAUCCCUAAAUGGCCCCCUCAAGGAUUGAACUCACAAACCUGGGUUUAGCAGGCCAAUGCUCAAACCACUGAGCUAUUCCUCCUCCCAGUGACAGAAAGGAAUGGAAGAGACUGGUUUCUGUCCUGUGCUCCAACAUUUGUACAGGAAGGAUGUAAAAAGAAACAAAACCAGAAGAGUUCCUAAAGAAGAUAAUCUUCCACUCAUGCAUGUCACUACAAUACAGCCAUACAGAAUGUGCAACAUAGUCAGAAUUUAUUUAAAUGGAGUAUGUUUAAAUGUUUUAUGGAGCACUUCCUUUUCGCAUUCUAAGCAAGUGUAAUAAUUGCACACAUUGCCUUCCUAGGGAUUCUAAUUUUUAUUUUAAAGAUGUGAUUUCUGCACUAUUUCAAGAUGAACUGACCAGAUGUUCACUUGUGCUAUCACCUUUCUCUGUCUCUCCUGGCUGGCAAAUCCAACAUCAGUUGAAAUGUAAAGGAAAAACUAAACUCUUCUUUGACUUGAUACUGUUCUUCAAUGUAACUUUGUUAAAGCAGCCAUACUUACCUCAUGCCCCACAGAUUUAAUGUGUAAUGCCACAAAAAACUCAACAGCUUGCCACCCAUGGCCACCUCCUGUUCCCCUGGUAUGGCAGAGUUGACCCUACCCACAGAGCAAAAAAUUUAUAGUAAAUGUGUGUAUAUACAAUGCUCGCCAAAUGCCUGAGCAAUGAAAGUAGCCCAAGUAAAUCAGCUAUACUUUCUUUCAGACUUUGCCCAAUUGAGGGCUGUAUUGUAAUUUGCCAGGAACCAUAAGGCUGCCAAUUUUUGGUAUUGUCCUCUGGGGCAGGUUCUCGGCAUUAUAGUAUUGUGAUGCUGUUCUGUUCAUCACCUUCUUCCCCCCUCAAAAGAGAUUUCUAGGUUUAUUUUAAUAUAGCCUACAAGGUGAGAAAUACCCUUGUCAAAAUCAACUCUCAGUCAAAAGAAAAGAGGCAGCUAUGGCACUCCAGCACUAUAAUGCAUCUAAUUGACGUAACAUUACAAUUAUAAUAGUGCUGUAGAUUACUGUAGAACACUAGCUGGCUAGUGUUUGUUGGCUCCAUUCCUCUACUGGAUACAAUCAGAAGUGCUUAAUUUGGUGUCAUGGGCCCUAUACUGUUAACACCAAAAAGAGAUUCCUCUUCAGCUAGUGGUUAAUGUAGAUUGCAACAGUUCUUAACACCAACCAAGAUGGUGGAGGGAGCACUACUUCACCAAGCUGGAGAGAUGGGAGAUGUCUCUGUCUCUAGCUUCUCCUUACAUCAACCCCUGCCCUUCGCUGCUGUGGCAGUGGCCUAUGCUUUGAUAGUGGGAGCAUCUGGGUUUUAUCUCUGUUGUCACAAAAGUCUGAAUGGCUUAGGAUGACCAUAUGUCCCUUAUUUCAAAGGACCAUCUCUUAUUUCAUUGAUUUGUCGUAUGAGUAAGGGAAGGCUUUGCAGAGCCGUACUUAAAGAAUGUAACUGUUCGCUCAAAACAAGGUUUAAUCUAGAAAUCAACCUGAAGAAACCCAGUCCUUUUAACAAAAGGUUCUCCUUUUGUGUUUUAAGACUGCACUGAAUUGCACAUCUAAAAUGAAAAUCAAGGAUGUGGUUUCUUAUUUGAGACUCUGCCUGUUAAACAUAUUAGAUAUUCAGACAUUUUUCCACCCAGGCCUCUGGUUUUGCACUUUUAAAAACUAUUUUUAUAUGCACUUGUAACACAAGUAAAGAAAUGCUAGGAAGAAUUUAGAAAAUUUCUGGAAAGGUAAAGGUUUAGUGGCUAAGUAAACAGAAAAUGCUUGCUAUAUAUGGGUACCAGUAAGCUUUAUUACAACGAAGGUACAGUGAAGAGGUAGAGCUUUGAAACAUGGUGUUGGGGACACUGGGGCAUGGCCACUAGGUAACUCGAGGGGAUGGAAGACCACGAGUGUCGAUGAAGCCCCCUCACACUAGGCCCAGGUGUCCUUGCCCCCCCACCCUUGCCUGGAGGCACUCGCAGCAGUUAUGCGUACGAGGCCCAAGUAUCCUUGGCCCCCCCGCCUGGAGGCACUCACAGCAGUUAUGCUGAGAAUCUGCAACAAUAUGUUCCAUAGUCAGACUGCCUGAAACUAAGCAAGGCCAAACAAGGCAGAUAUGGAAGAACAAUGCUGAAUAAAGCAGCUUUAUGUAUGGUUUAACAAAUGAUACAGAGAACAAGGGAACUAGUUGGGAACUAGAUUGGCUGGCUAUAUGGAUACUUAGGGCAACCUGCUAUUGGAUAAGUAUGCUGGGAAAAAGGAUGUAUAAAAGCCUGUGUAACUUCCUGCUCUGUGUGCAGGAUUUGAGAUUCUAUUCUCCCUGUACCUUUUUGCAGCUGCAAAUAAACUUUUCUGCUUCUCCACCCCGUUGUGAUUACUGGGUGUAGCACACCGGGUAGCGAACCAACCCCAGCUGUUGUUUAGCCUCUCGGCACUGGGUGCCGGCAACAAUGGUAUCCAGCUCCUCUUCCUUCCAAUUUCUUAAAACUGGUGGAAUUUAUAUGUUCAGUCCUACCUCAAAUGAAGCAGUGGACAGAAUAGUUUCCUUGUGUAAACAGACUUGGAUUGCAGAAACCUACUACAUUUUUUUUAAGACCGCGCUUCAAAUUAAGUUAAUAUCAAUUGUACAUGUAAAGAGUUUUAUAAAUUGAUUUAAAAUGUAUCAAAACGAACAAUAAGGUAUCAUUUUAAACAUUAAAUUGAAGUUUAUGAUUCCAUUGUAUACUUCAGGGCAGUAGAAAUGUACACUUGAGAGAGAAAUACAUGACAUGCUAAGGGAAAAAAGAAGUUUCCCUAAACCAUCCCUUAAAAUAAAGCAUUGUCCUGUAUUUUUCAUGUGAUUUUCCCUUAUUUCCAUUUAUCAAAGAUGGUCACCCUAGAAUCUGAAGCACAGAGCAACGAAGUGAUUUGCUCACGGUCAUAUUCAGUGCUAAUGCUGGGCACAGUGUCCACACAGACUUCAAGCAAAUAUAGGACAACUGUAUAAGACACUCUUCACUGUUUUAUUCAUGGCAAAAUCAUCUCCCAAUAGGGCCAGUCUCAAGGUUAAAAAAGUCAGACCUCAAAAAUAAUAUAUUUAUUUGUUUGGGGCAAGUGGGGUGGGGGGGAAGUCUUUAUUUGCCUUUUAAUUUCUGAGCCUUUGGAGCUACACGCAGAUGCUGGUUUCAAGCGUGUGGUGGUGAAUGCUGUAAACUUUUCUGUUUAAAAUUAAAGCUCUGGUUCUCACAUAACCACAUGAGUCCAGCACCUGGGGCUUUUAGAAAAAAGCCAAAUAGCAUGAGACUACUGCCAAAAUUGUGAUAGUUGGGAAACCCCCUUCCCUUAGGCAGUAAGUGCUCCCGGUGUGGAGUGAAUCCUGAGAAACAAGACAUUUGCCCCACAGUGACUUGUUACAGGCCGCAGGAUGAGUGGGGCUCUAGAGCCAGGAAGAAGAGGUCCCAGGCCACUGAAUGGGUUAGUAGGACUGCAGCUACCCUCAUUGUCUAUAAGCAAGGUCCUUUACAUAACGCCCUUUCAGGGCAACUCACAAACUACUGGUCCCAAUACGCAAUGCUCCCAGAGGAGCCAGGCGGCUCAGACCCAUCUAGACUACAGCUCCCAGAAGGCAGUGCUCCCUCCAGAGUUCAGCGACCAGCUCGGGGUGGAGUGUUGCACGCUGGAACUUGCAGUCCCCGCACGCCAUCUCCCGAGCCAGGGGCCGACUCCUUCUUUUGUCCACGUCUCACUCCACUAAAGUCUUUCACCGGAAUCACGUGGCACAAACGGACCCCCGACCCCUUCGACUCCGAUUGGUCCACAGCGGCGCCACGUGAUGGGCUGAACCCGGAAGCCGCGGAAGGCGAUUGUUUCCUUGGCUACGCCACAGGAAAGCGAAGGAAUCAAGUGUUAGAAAUGUUUGAUCAUGCUUAUAGCAAUUACAUGGAUCAUGCCUACCCAGCUGAUGAACUCAUGCCUUUAACUUGCCGUGGACGGGUUCGGGGUCAGGAACCUAGUCGUGGGGAUGUAGACGAUGCCUUGGGAAAGUUUUCAUUGACACUGAUUGAUACCUUGGACACUCUUGUGGUGUUAAAUAAAACCAAAGAGUUUGAAGAUGCUGUAAAAAAUGUGAUAAAAGAUGUUAAUUUAGAUAAUGACAUAGUUGUAUCAGUUUUUGAAACUAACAUAAGAGUCCUGGGAGGUCUUUUAGGUGGGCACUCUGUGGCAAUUAUGCUGAAAGAAAAAGGUGAAUACAUGCAGUGGUACAGUGGUGAACUUCUGCACAUGGCAAAACAAUUGGGCUACAAACUUUUACCUGCUUUUAACACUACUAGUGGUCUCCCUUAUCCAAGAGUUAAUUUAAAAUUUGGUUUAAGAAGUCCAGAAGCUCGAACAGGAACAGAGACUGAUACUUGUACGGCUUGUGCAGGUACCUUGAUACUUGAGUUUGCUGCUCUAAGCCGAUUCACAGGAACAUCAAUAUUUGAGGAAUAUGCACGGAAGGCGCUUGAUUUUCUUUGGGAAAAAAGACAACGCAACAGUAAUUUAGUGGGAGUUACUAUUAAUAUACAUACUGGAGACUGGGUCCGCAAAGAUAGUGGAGUUGGAGCAGGAAUAGACUCGUAUUAUGAAUAUUUAUUAAAAGCCUAUGUCUUGCUUGGAGAUGACCGUUUCCUGGAAAGAUUUAACACACACUAUGAUGCCAUAAUGAGGUACAUUAGUCAACCACCUCUUCUGCUUGAUGUUCAUAUUCACAAACCAAUGCUAAAUGCUCGGACCUGGAUGGACUCUUUGCUUGCGUUCUUCCCAGGCUUGCAGGUAUUGAAAGGUGACAUUAGACCUGCUAUUGAAACUCAUGAGAUGUUAUAUCAGGUGAUAAAAAAGCAUAACUUUCUUCCUGAGGCUUUCACAACAGACUUCAGAGUUCAUUGGGCUCAGCACCCUUUAAGACCAGAAUUUGCAGAAAGCACCUAUUUCUUGUAUAAAGCUACUGGGGACCCUUACUACCUAGAAGUAGGAAAAACGCUCAUUGAAAAUUUAAACAAAUAUGCUAGAGUACCCUGUGGAUUUGCUGCAAUGAAGGAUGUUCGUACUGGAAGUCAUGAGGACAGAAUGGACUCUUUCUUCCUGGCUGAGAUGUUUAAAUACCUUUACCUGCUCUUUGCUGAUAAGGAAGACAUGAUUUUUGAUAUAGAAGAUUAUAUCUUCACUACAGAGGCUCAUCUAUUACCUCUUUGGCUCUCUACUACAAACCAAACAAUGUCUAAGAAAAAUACAACAACAGAAUACACGGAGCUGGAUGACAGUAACUUUGAGUGGACAUGUCCGAACACCCAGAUUCUCUUCCCAAAUGACCCUAUGUAUGCUCAGAGUAUCCGUGAACCUUUGAAAAAUGUGGUGGAUAAGAGCUGUCCUAGGGGCGUUGCCAGAGUAGAAGAGAGUUUUGGGAGUGGACCAAAACCGCCCCUGAGAGCCAGGGAUUUCAUGGCCAGUAACCCUGAGCAUUUGGAGAUACUGAAGAAGAUGGGAGUCAGUUUGAUUCACCUCAAAGAUGGAAGAGUACAAUUAGUGCAGCAUGCAAUUCAAGCAGCAAGUUCACUUGAUGCUGAAGAUGGUUUGCGAUUCAUGCAGGAAAUGAUUGAACUAUCCAGUCAGCAACAAAAAGAGCAGCAGCUACCCCCACGUGCUGUUCAAAUUGUUUCCCACCCAUUCUUUGGCAGGGUAGUUCUGACAGCUGGGCCAGCACAAUUUGGAAUGGACCUAUCCAAACACAGCGUAGGGACAAGAGGAUUUGUUGCAACCAGUAAACCUUACAAUGGAUGCUCGGAGAUCACUAAUCCUGAAUCAGUGAAGGAGAAAAUUGCUUUGAUGCAGAGAGGCCAGUGCAUGUUUGCUGAAAAGGCACGAAACAUCCAAAAAGCUGGAGCAAUAGGGGGCAUUGUUAUUGAUGACAAUGAGGGAAGCAGCAGCGACACUGCUCCUCUAUUCCAAAUGGCUGGUGAUGGAAAGAAUACAGAUGAUAUCAAAAUCCCCAUGCUCUUCCUGUUCAACAAAGAAGGAAAUAUUAUACUUGAUGCAAUCCGAGAAUAUGAGGCUGUAGAAGUGCUUCUUUCUGAUAAAGCAAAAGACAGAGAUCUGGAAAUGGAAAACAUGGACCAGAAGUCAUCUGAAAAUGAUUCACAUAAGCGGAGACCAGAAGAGACUUCAGCAUCUGAGGACCUCAGCUUGGUCAGUCAAGAGCCUGAAGGAGAAGAAAGUUCUGAUGUUACUCACCUCGAUUCAUUAUCUCCUGUUGAUGCAGACAGUGAUAGCAUUUCCAUUUCAAACCAGGAGUCCUGUAUCACAGAAAUCCAUGAGGCUAUUGUUCAAGAGACAGAAAGUACAGAAUUAGAUAACAAGCCUCAGGAACAAUCUCAGACUGAGAGAGAUUCCAGCUCCAAUGUUAAUUGGGAUAAUAGAGUACAGCCUAUGGAAUCCAUAUUAGCAGAUUGGAAUGAAGAUAUAGAAGCAUUUGAAAUGAUGGAAAAGGAUGAACUAUGACUUCUAAUAACUUAUUUGUGGAUAAACAAAAUGGUGAAUUUGUUGGGUAAAAGUGAGGCCCUAAUAUCUAAGAAUUAGAAAUUGUUCAGUAUUGUGAUGAGCAACCAGGUUUCACCUGGAUAAUAGAAACCCAGCAUGUGUUAUAAUUUAUAUGGUUUUAAUUUUUCCUGUUUUGAAAUGGGAAUGUGCAAUUGAACUGUUUGUAUGGCUCUGUUGCAUGGUGCUGUAAUACAGGAGGUUUCAUUCAGGGAAUUAAUCAGAUUUCUGCAUUCCAGGCUUCUGGAGAGCAGAUUGCCUUGGCCUCUGGAAAGGUAGAAGUUGAAUGUAAUAGGAUUAAUACACCACUUGUUGGCUGGUUAUGGCACUUGAAGGCAAUAGUCAGAGGCUAUUCUAGUUGAAGGUUCAGUUUCACUGAUAAAGGCCUUUAUGGAGAGAAAUAGGUGCAACUGUGAGACAUUUCCAGUUGUAAUGUCUUUAAAACACAGCUAGAAACAGCUCAAUUUGUCCUGACAUUUAUAUCUUAAUAAGAUAUAGCAGUGUUGCUCAUCACUCCUUCCAUCUGUUUUGAAGAAUGUCCAAGAUGACUUGGAUUUUUCCUCUUCUGCUCUUAUUUCAACUAGAGAGGCUGUAUAAACCAAAGGUAAUGUGCUCUAUUAGGAAGCUCUCUUAGGAAAAUUAAGAAAGCUUUGCUAACUAGAGGAGUAGUACAUAAAGGUUCACAGUGAUUAUGAAGAUUGUUACUUGAAUUAAGGUAAAUUGGGCAAAACAUGUUUUAAUACAAUUUUUCCUUUUUGGCCUUCCAUGCUUAAAGCUAUCAAGCUUAAAACUACCCUAAUAUACAGAAUUUAGCAUUAUUAUUCUCUGAAAAUUGAAAUUCUCAUCUAUUGAGUAUCUAUGACAAUUUCUGUUUUCUCUACAAGAUCUAUAUCUGUCAGCCUUAAAUUUGUAACAUUUUGGGCAAGAAAGCCAGUAUCAAUAGUGAAGUACAACUGUUUACCUUUAGCUGUUGGGUCCAUAAUUCAAAAUUUAGUGAUGUGAAGUCAAAGAAUAAUUGAUAUGAUACUUCGUGGCUUCUGGGUUCUUUUUUUUUUGUUUUUGUUUGGUUUUUUUUUUUUUAAUACAGGUAAGCCUGGUUCCUAAUUUAUCAUGUUUUCGGAAGUAUCCUCUAAUUAAAUCACAAAUCUGUUUAAGCAAACAAGAAGCAGUUAGCUUAACUGUGCCCAAAUUAAAACUGCCAAAAAUCUAGUUUAACUUGAUAUAUAGACACGGGUUUUAGUUAAUUAUGGUUCAAUUCAGUAUUUAAUUAAUCUGUUUUUUCCUUUUCAAAGAGAGACUUAACACUGCCUAUAUCACACACCAGACUAAAACUGAAAGUUUUUAUAUUUAUAUAUAAUCUUUAUAAUGGCAGACAGAUGUAUCCCUGUCUGAAGUGCACCUUUCAUUUUACUGGUGAGAUUAAAAUGUGCCGAAUAUGCAAAUGUCAAUCAGUACAGCCAUACUGUAUUGUACUUGUGUAUAUUCAUAUACGGUUUCAAGUCCCAGACAAAUGUUGUAUACAUGUAAUCUGACAGUGACACUUGCUCUCAAGAGUAUCAAAAUGCACAAGUACCUUUGAGAGCAUGUUAAUCAAUCAUAAUACUACACAGAAAUUGAAUGACAAUUUAACUGAAUAGAGGUGUAGUUAACUUUGAGAUAGUGAAGCAGUAGGGAACUAGUGAAUAAGUGUCCUUUUAAAAUGUAGUUUUAAUUUCUUUGCACAAAUAACUAUGGAGGUUUGGGCUUAAUAUAUUGGUACAGCGCUGAAGCUUAAUACUUCGUCAUUUUAGACUGAGGGAUUGAUUUUAAAGGAUGGGAUUAUUCCUCAAAAUCUUUGAAGUGUCCUUUGUAAUGGGUGCCCAGCUCAUGCAAUUGAGGCAUGCCUGGUAUGGCCACAGAAUCCAGUGUGUGUUUUUUCUGGGCAAAAGAUGAUAUGGCUGCAAGUGACCAGUUGCACCAUACGGUGGUAUAGUUCAGAAAUCGUAACUCUAAAAAGGAGUUAGAUAUUUCCAAAUGUCAGAAUCUGGUGCCACUAAUGAGGGUUUUUAUUCUAACUCUACUGGAUGUAGGCUACACUAAUAAAAGCUGCACAGGUUCUGUGAUUAUAUUCUCUAAUCUCACCAUGGAAGUACCUUCGUUGAGGUAUUUUUAAGGAUUGUAUGUAAAGUGGUUUCUGGUCAUUACAUUAGCUGUCAUAUUAAAAAUUUAAUUUGACAAACCUUUUGCUAAAGUUUUCAGUUCCUUCCUGCAGAAAGUGAUUUAGUUUUUAAUGCUAAAAUUUGUCUUUAGAAACAUUAUUAGAAGUUGAUGCUCUAAUUCUCCCUGUCACCAAAAGGUAAUCAUUUAUGACUGACUAACCUUACAUUAAGUGUAAGCACCGACACAACAGUUCUGACACAGGCACAUUCCAUUCUCUGAAGUGAGGGAUUGUUAAGAGAAUCCCUUGAUAUAAUUUUUGAAGCAUCUGUUGUGUGGUGGUCUACCUCAGAUAAAUGUUGUCCCUUUUUUUGAGAUUAGUUUAACUUUACCUUUUUUAAGCGAUUAUGAUGGCCAUAGAUCCAUGGUUUACAGAACUGAUUCAGGUAAAGUAGACCUUUUGGGGAAAAAAAGAUAAAUUAGGGGACAAUUUUAUUCAGGUUUUUUCACUGUCUUUUUCCUAAUAAAGAUGGAAAUAGACUUUAGUUUUAACCUCUUCAUAUCACUCUAAAAAUACAAUAAAAGUUUCUGUAACAUGUUAAUGCCAUUUUAAAAAGCAAAAGGAAUGUGUGAUUGAACAGAAGAUAAUUUUGGAGAGGAGUAGAAUGUACUUUGCAAAUUUUUAAAAACUUCUAUUGUGCUUAGAGAAUAUUCUUCUUGCAUCACUAUGUCAAUAUCAUGUGGAUAUUUCCGUGCUCUGAUUGUGCUGUUUGGUUAACUAGAACACUGAAGAGUUUAGGAUUCUUAUUUAGAACUAGCACAUCUUAUUCCCUAAUGUAAUUCAAAGUAGCCAAUUUAAUAUCUCCUUUGAUGUUAAAGGAAUAUUCUCUAUUUACACUUACUGUUUCAUAAUGAAGUUUUAAAAUAAACUGAGCAUUGUUUCUCCUCCUCCUCCCACCGUGGUUUUAGCUGAAGGCUUAGCUUUAGUCAGUGAAACAGUGUGUGGCGAGACUGUAGUGAAUGUUAACAGGACACCUUAUGCAAAGGCUUCAGUCAGAACAUAGAAAAAACAUUCUGUGAAUGAAAUAUUGUAUGUUUGGAUUUUAUAGGAUUUUUUACCAGCCCAAUUUACAUCCAUAUAUUUUCUUAUGAUGUAACUUAUGAAAUAUCUAAUAACAGGUGCUGUAAUACUACUGUUGGGUUUUACUGUCUGGUGAUAAGUGUAUACAGUAUUUCUAAGAGCAACUGUGUACUGUGAUGUAAAAGUCUGGGCUAAAAUGUAUAUAAUCCUUGUAUAUAAUUGAGUACUGGAUUAUAAUUGCUGAUUGUAAAGAUUUAAUAAAAUAUGUAAAUAUUCUGGUCAAA